CGGUGAUUGAAGCACCCAUUUGAAGAUGUCAACAAAUCAGAAGUAAAAAGAUGAAACUAGGUUACUGCGCCGUCCCUGUCUUAUAAUCCCUUCUUUGCCUCACAUACAACAAUGGCAGAGAAAACAAGCUAUCUUUGUAGCUACAAGAAGUGCAAUAAAAAAGAGGCUAUAACAAGAGGAGGUUGCAGAGUGGAAAUAAAGUCAUUUGAGCCAGCACAGACAGGAUUAAAAGACAAAGAUGCCUUGGUGAAGUGGGGGGACGCUGGUGAUGCCAUACUGCAUGAAGAAUGCUGGCGAAGUCUGGUCACCCAAAGCAAAGCUGCCGCAUCCCACUCCUCAACACCAAACACCAUGACCCAAACUGAGGUUGCCAUGGUAACAGAGGCAAAGAAGACGGCAGAGUAUUUUGACUCUGAAGAGAAAGUGAAGUCUGAGGCCAAAAGAGUGGCUCACAUGCUGAGAGGGUCCAGCCAUUGUAUUGCUUUCACAGGAGCUGGUAUUUCCACGUCAGCUGGUAUUGGGGAUUUCCGUGGCAAAAGUGGGAAGUGGACAGAAAUGGACCGAGCUAAAGUCACAGGAAAAGGUGCUAAGAGCAAGGGUGGUUUCAGGUACUCAGACCUGCGUCCUACCUACACCCAUGAGGCUCUGGUCAAGUUGAUGAAGAUGGGAAUACUGAAAUAUGUGAUAAGUCAAAAUACAGACGGUUUGCACAGGCUGUCUGGCAUUCCAAGAGAUGGAAUCUCGGAACUUCAUGGGAAUGCUUUCCAUGAAAAAUGUGAGGAUUGUGGCACUAGAUACGAGAGACCCUCUGCAUCUCGCCUGGCGGGCGGAGUUCCCAAGGCAUGUGAACAGUGCAGAAUUAACCAUAGAACAGGGAGGAUGUGUGAGAGGAAGGGUUGCCAAGGUUACCUGAUGAACACAAUCAUCAACUUUGGAGACAACUUGGAAUCCCAUGUCCUCAGCAAAGCUGUAGAACAUGCUGAGAAGAAUGACCUAGUUCUGUGUCUGGGGACCACGCUGAUGGUUUCCCCAGCUAACAGUCUGGUGGAGAUGGGGAAGAAACCAGUGAGACUUGUGAUUUGUAACAGGCAGCCCACGCCUAUGGAUGCCUUGUGUUAUGAACCAGAUGUCGCCAACGGUGGUCAGGUCGGUUCCAGGGUGUUUGGAGACUGUGAUCACUUGAUGAGAGAGGUCAUGAGGUGCAUUCUACCCCAGGAUGCAUUGCAGGAAUGGGAAGAUGGGCGGGAGGAUCGGAUGGAAGAAUAUAACAAACAAAGAGAGUGCUGAGGCGAUGGCAC